AUGCAGCAGGGAACACUUGCAGUGGUGGAUUCCAUGGAGCAGGCCAAGGGAAAAACUGGGGACCAAAAGACACUUCGUAGGCUGGCGCAGAAUCGAGAAGCAGCGAGGAAGAGUCGUCUGAGGAAGAAAGCUUAUGUUCAGCAGCUGGAGAAUAGUCGACUUAGGCUUUCGCAACUAGAGCAAGAGCUUCAACGAGCACGGCAGCAGGGUAUGUUUAUUGCAUCUGGAUUUUCAGGUGAUCACAAUCAGUUAAUGGUUGGAAAUGGGGCGCUUACAUUUGACUUGGACUACACACGCUGGCUUGACGAAAAUCAGCGGUUGGUAAAUGAUCUAAGAUCAGCUGUAAAUUCUCAUAUGGGCGACAAUGAAUUGCAUGUUCUUGUCGACGGAGUGAUGUCCCACUACGACGAACUAUUCAGGCUGAAGACCAUUGGAGCCAAGGCUGAUGUGUUCCACAUGCUCUCUGGCAUGUGGAAGACCCCCGCUGAGAGGUGUUUCAUGUGGUUAGGCGGAUUUCGUUCAUCUGAAGUUCUAAAGAUACUUGGGAACCACCUUGAGCCUUUAACGGAUCAACAGUUGAUGGGCAUAUGUAAUCUGCAGCAAUCUUCUCAACAAGCCGAAGAUGCCUUGUCACAAGGCAUGGAAGCUCUCCAGCAAUCCCUUGUGGAAACCCUUUCCUCAACUACUCUUGGGCCUGCUGGAUCGGGAAAUGUCGCCGACUACAUGGGCCAAAUGGCUAUCGCCAUGGGAAAACUUGCCACACUGGAGAACUUCCUUUACCAGGCUGACCUUUUGAGGCAGCAAACUCUACAACAAAUGCAUCGCAUUCUUACAACUCGCCAGGCUGCUCGCGCACUUCUGGUCAUUAGUGAUUACUUCUCGCGUCUCCGAGCACUCAGUUCGUUAUGGUUGGCGCGUCCCAGGGAUUAAAAAUCACUCUCCGGUCAGCUCUGCCAUGUGACAAAACAAGCCAAAUAUGUUGGAAGAGCAACAACAGAGAUGGAAGAAAGAUGGUAAACCUCUUCUAGACGCUGCCCAAAAUCGUAAUUAGCAUGGAACAUGAUCAUAGGUUAGAUCCUGUACAUGGCUU